UGAAUUGGAAAGCUGGCAUAUUUAUUGUGGUCCAUAAUUACAUCCAAUAUACUACGAAUAUUAAGAUAAUGUCCUGGACUCAGACAAGCCAAGAACCAAAAUGUGUAAUCAUCAGUGUGUAUUAACUCAAAAUUACGAGUAUUAAUAUCUUCAAUUCAUCAUGAUGUCUGUCUUAAUACUAUUAUUUUUGCUAGUUAAUACCUCAAAUUCAUUUCCAAUUCUAGACUACACGAAAUCAGAUUGCUACAACUCAUCAUUAUACCCUCUUAAAAGCUCGUAUGACACCAAUCUCAACAAUUUGCUAUCUAAUUUGGUCUCCAAAAUUUCUACUGCCAAUGAUGGUUUCAUUACACAAAAGCAAGGCUUAGAAAAUCAAGAACCUACUUAUGGCCUUGCCUUGUGUCGAGGUGACAUUGAUCGUGAUGAUUGUAACGAUUGUGUUAAGAUGGCUAGCGAGGAGGUAACAAGUGAUGCGUGUCCGAGAGCAAGCCAAGCAAUAAUUUGGAAGGAAAGAUGCAUGCUUCGUUACUCUAACACGUCCUUUUUUAAUCUCCUACAAGAGCAACCCUACGAAGCGCUAUACAACGUUAACAAUGUGACGGACCAUGUCCAAGAUUGGAUUAGAUUGCUCCAGGAUACGUUGAGUAAUGUGUCGUCUAUGGCAGCUUCCGCCAAGUCCGGUAACAAGUAUGCCACUAAGGAGGAAUGGUUUUCACCCAUGAAAAAGUAUUUGUACACUUUGGCUCAAUGUAUUCCGAGCUUGACAAUGGCGGAUUGUAGCAAGUGCUUCGGUAAAGCUGUUGAUCUUAUUCCUAGCUUUUUCGCGCAUGGGGGGAUUGUGCUAACGCCUAGUUGUACGCUAAGGUAUGAAGUUUAUCAAUUUUAUAGCUUAAUAAGUUUGAGGCCACCACCAAAUUCGAGCAUAGCGCCAUCUACAGACAUUAUUGCCGGAACAAAUCCAGGAAAGAAGAAGGCAACUACAAAGAAAGUAGCUGUGGCGACCAUUGUGCCGUUAGCGGUCAUAGGAUUGUUAAUAACAGGCAUUUGUGUCUUUCAAAAGAAAACAAAGAAGUACCCUUCUCCAGACGUUAAAAAUGUGCUUGAUGAUUUGAUAACUGCGGAGUCUUUGAUGUUCGAUUUGAGGACACUCGAAGUUGCCACGAACUACUUUUCUGAUGACAACAAGCUUGGUCAAGGCGGAUUUGGCAGUGUUUACAAGGGAACUCUGGAAAAUGGACAAGAGAUAGCGGUUAAAAGGCUAUCAAAGGUAUCUAGCCAAGGAGCAGAAGAAUUCAAGAAUGAGGUUGUAUUAAUUGCCAAUCUUCAACAUCGAAAUUUGGUUAAGUUAUUGGGAUUUUGCUUAGCAGGAGAAGAGAAGUUACUCGUGUUUGAAUUUGUUCCCAACAAAAGCCUCAACUACUUUUUAUUCGAUACACAAAAGCAGGGAGAAUUAAAUUGGUCUAUGCGCUACGAAAUCAUACGAGGCAUUGCUAGGGGACUACUUUACCUUCAUGAAGACUCUCAGCCAAGAAUCAUCCAUCGUGACCUAAAAUCUGGAAAUAUCUUACUUGAUGCAAAUAUGAACCCAAAGAUUGCUGAUUUUGGUUUGGCAAGAAUAUUCAAGGUUGAACAAACAGUGGAUGACACAAGCAGAAUUGUUGGAACAUACGGUUACAUGGCUCCAGAGUAUGCAAUGCAUGGACAAUUUUCUGUAAAAACAGAUGUUUAUAGUUUUGGCGUGUUAGUUUUGGAGAUUGUUAGCGGUAAAAAGGUUAGUGCAAGAUUCCAUCCAACAACUGGAGACCUCUUAACCUAUGCUUGGCGAAGUUUAACACAGGACAAACCCUUGGAAUUCAUGGACCCGACAUUGAAAGAUUCAUACUUGAUGGAAGAAGUAACGAAAUCGCUCCAUUUAGGCUUAUGGUGUGCACAAGAGAACACACAAGCGAGACCAACCAUGUCAACAGUUGUUCAUAUGCUCAAUAAUGGCUCUUCCAUCAACACAUUGCCUAUAACUCAAUGCCCUCGAUCCUUUUUGCAAAGUAGUAAUGAAUCAUCUCUUGUGUCAAGGUUAAGCCGACAUUCAACUACAACAACGAGCAGUACUAGUGUUAAUAUGUCAAAACCAUUUUCUGAAAAUCAUGACACAGUUAGUGAGUUACAUCCGAGGUAACAUUAAGCUAGCUUACUGUUGAAGAGAAACUUUUAAGAAUUUGCUUUGCGAGCUAGCUAGUUAUGCGUUUAACUUCUUAUACAAAGCAAGAUAUAAAUAAAUUUCCUUAGCAUAUACUUUAUUUAGCCUUUUGCAGUUAUGUUCUUGUAUUGUAUAAUUUUUUGAUAUUUGUAGUUAAUUAAAGUCAAUAUAUAUUCAUAUCUUGUAAGCACAGGGCCUAGGCAUAAAAUUCAGCCUUCUUUCUUUGUCUUUCAUGCUUUAUAGAAAUUUUCC